AAUUUCAUUGACAAAAAAUAACAUAGAUAUUAUAGAUCAAAUCAAGGAUACUUCGAUGUCAAUAAUUCCUGAAUGGAAUAAUUGCUCAAGUAAUAUUAAGUAUUAGGUGACGUGAACGAAUCUCAAUAGUAUUUAAUGAAUAAUUGAUCUAUUAGGGUUACUACUUACUACUGAAGCAAUAGAAAUGUAGAGUCACUCAUUCAAUCAAAGGUCAUACUUUAGUCUUUCUGUGGUGGUAAACUAUGAUCUGGAAUUAUUAAAAUAAAACAGAGCUCUUAUGGAUUCACAUUGAUUGAUUUGAUGAAUAACUUAUUUUCAUUAGAACAACAAAUAAUUGAAAUAUUUCUCACAAUAAAAUAGAAAUCUCAUUAGAAAAUGCAGUCGAAGGUUUUUGAGGAUAUUUUAGAACCUCGAAGAACAGAGCUUUGUCAUUACAUUUGGAUUUCGAGAAGAAUUGAUGCAGCCAUAGCAUUUAAACAAAGGGUUAGACCUAAUCCAGAAAGCCAUAAAGAAGCUGUACUUAAGAAUAUUCAAAUUCAAGAAUUUUUGGAUAAAAUAUCCAGAGAAAAAAAUAUUCCCAAACAAUAUUUAGAAACACAAGUUCAGCUCAUCUUAGAUGAAAUUGGGUAUAAUAAAAAUCUCAGAAUAAUACGUGGAUUAGCUUUAUUACUCAUCAAGAUCUGUCUCAAAGUUUGUAAGGGUAUUUACAUCAAUAAUGACAGUAUUUUACAUACUAAAACCUUAAUGGGCAAUAACCCUAUAAUUUUUGUUCCAAGUCAUCGAAGUUAUGCAGAUUUCAUUUUGAUGUCAUUUGUAUGUUUCACAUAUGAUGUUGAAAUACCUUGUAUUGCUGCAGGAAUGGAUUUCCAUGGGAUGUGGGCAAUGGGUUCAAUUUUAAGGGAUACAGGAGCGUUUUUCAUGAGAAGAUCUUAUAAUAAUGAUUAUUUGUAUUGGACUACAUUCAAACAAUAUAUCAAUCAGCUUGUAAUAAAUGGGGAGUUACCAAUAGAGUUCUUUAUUGAGGGAACUCGUAGUAGAAGUAAUAAAUCUUUGAUGCCAAAAUAUGGUCUACUUAAUAUGAUUCUAAAACCAUUAUUUCUAAGACAAGUGCCAGAUAUCAUAUUUGUGCCAAUAAGUAUUAGUUAUGAGAGAAUUAUGGAAGAAAAAUUAUUUUCCUAUGAAUUAUUGGGAGUUCCGAAACCUAAAGAGAGUACAUCUGGGUUUUUCAAGUCACUCAGCAUUAUAAAGGAAAGUUAUGGAAGUGUCCAUUUGAAUUUUGGCCAUCCAAUAUCUGGAAGAAAAUUCUUCGGAGAAAAAUUGCAAACAUCUCAUCAUUCCAUAGGAUCUAUUCAUCAACAAGAGUUGAGUGAAUAUGAUAAAAACAUUAUACCAUCCCUUGCACAUGAAAUCAUCCACUGUCAACAAAAAUUGUCAAUUUUGAAUAUUAUAAAUUUGAUUGCUCUCCUUGUUAACCAUAAUCUAUCUAAUUGUAAAGAGCUUCUCAGUUAUGUUGAAUUGAGAGAUAAGGUUUUAUGGUUAAAAAAAAUGUUGGAGGAACUUGGAGCAAAUAUAUGGUGCACAGAUGUAGACAACGAAAUCCAAGAAGCUUUAAAAGUACACAAUAAUAAAAUUAUUCUAAAUAACGGAAAGAUUGAUGUUGCACGAGAAAAUAUUGACUUAACAAAUUUGAAUGUGACAAAAUUAAAGGCCCACAGGCUUACAGAGGAAGUCAUGUCAUAUUCUGUUCCUUUAGUUAUGCUCUACAUUUAUAUAAAUCCAGUUUUACAUCACUUAGUUGAUUUAGCAAUAAUCGUAGCAGUAUUCAAACAGAAAGUGCAAAUAACAAUAGAUGAUCUGCGAAAUCAUUACAUUUACAUGAGAACUAUAUUAUUAUAUGAGUUUGUUACAUAUUUUCCGGAUAUAGAGAAGGAAUUUAUGAAAGCUUUCAGCCAAAGUAUUACUUUAGAAUUGAUUGUAAAAACCAGUGAUACCAAUUAUAGUUUAGGAAAAAAUGAAGAUAUGCAAGAAAUAUUACUAUCUUCUAUACAGCCAUUCUUAUAUUCAUACUACAAAAUGGUCAUAGUUCUUGAGACUUAUGGAAGUUGUGAUGAAAAAAAAAUAUUGACUGAAACACAAAAGCAAAUUGUUUCUGAAAUGAAAAACUUGUUUAUACAUCCCUAUAGUUUGAAUUUGGACACAUUUUCGCAUUGCUUAAGUUCACUGACUAAUUUUAAGGCUGUGGAGAGGGUUAAAAGUACCAAUGGUCUUUCAUAUAAUGUGGAUUAUGAAAAAUUAUUGGAAAUAAAAGCAAAUUUAGAGCCAUAUAUAUUGGAGUUAUACAAGGGAAAAAUAUUGACAACUUUGUCAAAACAUAAAUUAUAAGUAUGUUUUAUGUGCUAUUUUUUUUUAAUAUUUUUUGGAACAUUUUAUUUUUAUUGAUGUUAUUUAUAUUUUGGAUUUAGGUGCAAGUAUUAAAUCAGUAUUUGAUGGUU